GCAUGCUCGCUGUUCCGCUCAACUGCUGUGACGUAUUAUUCGAGCGCCGGAGCGCUUGUACGCGUCAUCACCGCGCGUCCUGGAGCAAGUAAACAUUUCCGCUGUGUCGCGAUGGACUCAAACAAGGACGAAGCGGAGCGGUGCAUUAAAAUAGCCCUGAUCGCCAUUAAAAACAACCAGCCGGACAAAUCCAGGAAGUUCUUGGAGAAAGCACAGCGCCUGUUCCCGACAGAUCAGGCAAAAAACUUGUUAGAGUUGUUGGCGCAGAAUGGGAAGCCUCCAGAUGAGAACGGAGACGGACCCACCAUGAGACACCGCAGCCCCGGAGAGGAGCCCGACGGGUCCGCACAGGGGGCCACGGACCCGGGGAAGCCCUACACCGCAGACCAGAUGGACGCUGUCAGAAAGAUUAAGAGCUGUAAAGAUUAUUACCAAAUUCUCGGGGUUGAAAAGACAGCCUCUGAGGAGGAUCUUAAAAAAGCUUACAGAAAGCUAGCUCUAAAAUUUCACCCAGAUAAAAAUCACGCACCUGGAGCUACGGAGGCAUUUAAAGCUAUUGGUAAUGCGUAUGCUGUGCUGAGUAACACUGACAAACGAAGGCAGUAUGACCAGUAUGGAGAGGAGAGAACACACCCAACUAGGCAGAGACAACAUCGUGAUUUUGAAGCAGACAUCUCACCCGAGGACCUCUUCAACAUGUUCUUUGGUGGAGGCUUCCCGUCAAGUAACGUACACGUUUACAGAAAUGGAAGAAUGCACUUUGCACACCAUAAUAGGCAAGAAAGACGAGAACAACAGAGAGAUGGAGGUCUGGCUCUGUUUGUCCAGCUGAUGCCCAUCUUAAUCCUCAUAAUUGUUUCUGCUCUUAGCCAGAUGAUGGUCACACAGCCUCCCUACAGCCUUAGCUACCGCCCGUCAGCUGGACAUAUUCACAAAAGGCAUACAUCAAACCUGAAGGUGCUUUUCUAUGUGGGAGAUCGCUUCAAUGAAGAAUAUUCUGGGAAUAACCUGAAGAAUGUUGAAAGAAGUGUAGAAGAAGACUACAUCUCCAACCUCAGAAACAACUGUUGGAAGGAGAAGCAGCAGAAGGAAGGCUUGCUGUAUCGUGCUCGUUACUUUGGGGAUUCUGAGUUGUAUCAAAGGGCCCAGAGAAUGGGGACUCCCAGCUGUUCCAGACUAUCUGAGAUUCAGGUUCUACUGGAUGGCUAGAAACCACUUGUGCACAUAUGGGUUCGUCGGUACUUGAAUCUAAUUAGAAGAAAUCGGUCGGAGCCCACUGAAAUUGGAGCAUAUUUCUGCAGCAAACCAAGAGAAUCAAAAAUGCCUUACGUGCAGUGGGCAGCAGACCUCAUCAGGGAACCUCUCUGCAACUUGGUGUAGAUUGACUUCCUGUAGAACUAUGAGAAGCUUUGAGUUGACUGCUGACAUUUUUUUACUCUAGUGUCUUCAGGAUGGUGGGAGUCCGCUGGGCUUCACGGUGGAAAGUAAGAGCAUAGUUGUCUAUUUGAAUGGUUAACAAAGCAUAGUUGUCUAUUUGAAAGGUUAACAAAGCUGCUAAGAUUAGCUUUCUCUGUCCCAGUCUUUUUUUGUUUUCCUUAAACAUUUUUGAGAAACCUCAUGGCCUUCUCAUAGACAAAUGUCUGAGCCACUCACAAGGAAAGUGUGUAAUUUUUUAUAGUUCUUAACCAAUGUAAAUAUUCAUUUUACUUUUAACAGUGCAGGGUUUUUUGGAGUUAAUAUCAUUUACUAUAAUGUUAUUUUGUGGAUUUGCUUGUAGCCUGUUGGAUCAUAAGUAUUGAAAAUCGUUGCACAAAUUAAAGUAAACCAUAUUUAUUAAAUUAACAUGCUAAAAUUGUAUAAAAGUUUCUUUGAAUUAAAU